AUGGAUCUGUUACCAACCAUUUAUACCCAUAGAUUAAUGUAUAGAAAUAAUAAUAAUCAUCAUCAUGAAAACACACUGAAGAUUCAAAUCAGAAUGAUGAAGAGAAUGGAUUAUUAAAAAAAUAUCAUUCUAUUGAAUAUGAUGAAUCAGCUCAACAUCUCCAUCAUCAUUUUCAUCAUCAUCAUCAUCAACAUCAUCUUCAUCAUGAACAUCAAUAUCCACAUCAGAUAAUUCAUUCACAACCAAAAUUAUUUCGUCAAUUAUCCGCUAUACCUAAUCCAAUUUAUCAUUAUUUACAUUUAUUUUAUAUAAAUCGGGUUGAAACAAGACGUAAUACAAUAGCGAAUACAUUGCAUGAAAUUGUACAAAUAGCUCAAGAGAUUUUACAUGAAGUUGAAUUACAAGAACCACGUUUUGUUAGUACAUUAAAAGUGAUUCAUACGAAUAAUAUAGAAAAGAAACAAGAUGAUAAUGAUGAUAAUAAUAAUAAUAAUAAUACUUCACCGGAUACUACUUCGAAUGUAAUCAAUAGUCUGAAUACAACGAAUACUACUACUACUACUAGUAGUAGUACUACUACUAGUGUUACAACGAAUCCCAUGAAUAGUAGUAAUAGUAAUAAUAAUUCACAAAAUGGAGUUUAUUAUGAUGGUUUACGUGUUCUAUCAUCAAAUCAUUUUGAGAUAACACUCUAUUUAAAUCAAAUGGGUGUAUUUAAUUUUAUGGAUGAUGGUAGUAUACCUGGUGGUGCUGUCUUAAAAUUAUCCGAUGGUCGUAAACGUUCAAUGUCAUUAUGGGUUGAAUUUAUUACAGCAUCGGGAUAUUUAUCAGCUAGAAAAAUACGUGCAAGAUUUCAUAGUUUAAUUGGACAAGCAAUACAAAAAUCAGCCUAUCGUCAUAUUGUACGUAUGUUAGGGCAUACAACUGAAGUGAAAUUAUGUAUACAUGAUAAGUAUAUAUUACAAAUUACUCCAGCAUUUCGUUGUAAUGGUUUAUGGCCUAGAUCAGCUAGUCAUUGGCCUAUCAAUCAUAAUGAAUUGAAUAUAGAAUUAACAAAUACUCCUUCUAAUAGAAUCAAAUGGCCAUCAAAUCAAUUAAUUAAUGAAGUAAAAUAUGAAGGAUUUUGUUUAUUAAGUCAAGAAUCCGUAUAUACAAAAGAUAAACAAGCAUCCGCUGAAGGAGAUGCAUGGUUAUUAGAUUUUUAUCAUGCAGAAGAACGUUUAUUAUUAAAUCAUACAAUACGUAGACAAUGUUUUAGUAUAUUAAAAACAUUAGCUGAUCGACAUUUAACUGGUGUUAAUAAUAAGGAGAUCAAUUUUAAAGAUCCCAAAUCAACCUCAUCAACCGCAUCAACAUCAUCGUCAACAAUGAACAUGAUGAAUUCAGUCAUUCAAGAAUAUGAUAUUAAAACACUUGUUUUACAUGAAUGUGAAAAACAUCCAAAUGAUGAUGAUUGGACACAAUAUACAUUAGGUGAUCGUAUUAAUAGUAUAUUAUUACAAUUAAUAUCAUGUUUACAACAUCGUCGAUGUCCACAUUAUUUUUUACCAAAUUUAGAUAUAUUUCGAGGAUAUUCUACAUUAGGAAUGGAUAUUACAGCAAAACAAGCAUGGAGAUUAUUAAGAGAAUUAAUAACAUGUCCACAAGCACUUGAAUAUCUUUAA